GCUUCUCUCUUCGGGGCACCGACCCACUUCUCUUCCUGUUAAGUGAGCUUUCCCUUCCUUCCGGUGCCUGGAGCUGCUACUUCAGGGAUCCAGACGGAGCCAGGCGGGCGCCAUGACAACUCUGGAUGACAAGUUGCUGGGGGAGAAACUGCAGUACUACUACAGCAGCAGUGAGGACGAGGACAGUGACCAUGAGGACAAGGACGGGGGCAGGGGUGCCCCAGGCAGCAGUUCCAUGACGGCAGAGGCCGAGCCGGCAGGGGAAGGCAUCUCCGUUAACACAGGUCCUAAAGGCGUGAUCAACGACUGGCGCCGCUUUAAGCAGCUGGAGACAGAGCAAAGGGAGGAACAGUGCCGGGAGAUGGAGCGGCUGAUCAAGAAGCUGUCCAUGACCUGCAGGUCCCAUCUGGACGAAGAGGAGGAGCGACAGAGAGAGAAGGACCUCCAGGAGAAGAUGAGCAGCAAGAUGACCCUGAAGGAGUUCGCGGUGAUGAACGAGGACCAGGACGACGAGGCGUUUCUGCAGCAGUACCGGAAGCAGCGGAUGGAGGAGAUGCGGCGGCAGCUCCACCGGGGGCCCCAGUUCAAGCAGGUUUUCGAGAUCCCCAGCGGAGAAGGGUUUUUAGACAUGAUCGACAAAGAGCAGAAAAGCACCCUCAUCAUGGUCCACAUUUACGAGGACGGCGUCCCCGGGACGGAGGCCAUGCACGGCUGCAUGGUCUGCCUGGCCGGGGAGUACCCGGCCGUGAAGUUCUGCCGGGUGCGGAGCUCGCUCAUCGGGGCCAGCAGUCGGUUCACCAGGAACGCGCUCCCAGCGCUGCUCAUCUACAAGGGAGGCGAGCUGAUCGGCAACUUCGUUCGCGUCACCGACCAGCUGGGGGAAGAUUUCUUCGCCGUGGACCUGGAGGCUUUUCUGCAGGAGUUUGGGUUACUCCCGGAGAAGGACAUGUUGCUGCUGACGGCUGUGCGUGACUCCGCCACCUGUCACAGCGAGGACAGCGACCUGGAAAUAGACUGAGCUGGCGGUCGGCUUGCAUGGACUGCUCGCUGCCGGGGCCGGAAAGCAGGCGUCUCGUCUGUUUUUGUUCCUUUGUGUGUCUGCGGGUUCCUCGGCCUUAUCGUCCCUCUUCUUGUGUGUGAAGCCUAGAAAUUCUUAGAUUCAGCCCGAGUGCUGGAUCACCUUGUAGCUAGCAAUAAAGUGACUGCAGACCGUAUAAACAGGAAGCCGGGCUUCUGAGCUGUUUACCUAAGAUUCUCCAGCGUGACAUCGCCCUGACUGUUUGCAGUCUGAAGCCCGCGUCCUGCUCUGCCGCUCUAGGUAGUGGGUUACUUGCAACGUAAAUAGUGCAUUUCCUUGGUCCAGUGGUGGUACACUGUGUUUACUUGUAGUCAGAUCCGCGGCCCUUCAGAAGGCAGCUGGAUUGUUCUCCUUGACCUUCUCCACCAGGGUCUUGUUUGAGUUUCCAGACAGCGCAUGUUCGCCCCAUCACGAGGUCCUGCUCCAGGGUGGGAAGGCAGGGUCAGGAGGAAGGACCCCUGCUGACCCCUCAGACCCUCAGGCUGGGGUGGAAUUGGACCGUCUCUCUCUCUCUCUUUAUAUUUAGCAAGAUAACUUUAUGUUUAAUGUAGGCUUCUUAAAAACGUUUUUUGUUUUGUGCUUAUCGGAAAAAUAAGGUAUUUUCUAUGUAUAUACAGACAUUCUGUGUUUGCUUUGUUUUUAAACAAAACACCGGGAUCAUUCUAAACAUACUGUUUUAUAGUGUGGUCAGGCUGUGUUUCAUGUUAGUAAAUUUAGUCUCCUGCAGCAUUUUUUAAAUUGCUAUUGCUGUUCCAUUGUAUAGAGGUGCUGUAAUUGGUUUGGUGGUUGUCUCUUAAAAAGAGAGUCAGCAGAUGCUUAUUUUUAUUACCAAAGUAAUAGAUGUUAACUGGGGGAAAGGUAUAAAAAUUAAGCUAAAAAGAGAUUUAAAGAGCCAUACAAUUUCACCAACCAAAAUAAAUCCCUGUUACAAUUUCUGUAUAUAUCUAGUCUCUUUUUUUCUGUGUAUUUAUAAUAAUGGAUGUCAUUUGAGUUUUUUUUUUUUUUCUUUUGUUUCUUUAAAAAUAUACAUUCUAGGGUCAGGGAAAAAUGUAAUCUAAAAUUAAAUAUUAGCUUUUAAAAUCCACAGUUGGUUUUCCUGGCCAUUCAGGAAGUGACUACCUGCAGAAGAGUCUUGAUAGUAUCUGUUGUGUUUCAUCGCCAGAAAGAAAAUGUGCAGUGUUUUUGUCUAAGAAAUCUCUCUGUGGGUAGUGUGGAAGGCGGGGCUGGAGCCAUGGCACAGCGGGGUAAGCUGCUGUCUGCAGUGCCGGCAUCCCAUAUGGGCACUGGUUGGAGUUCCAGCUGCUCCUCUUCUGAUCCAGCUCCCUGCUAUGGCCUGGGAAAGCAGCAGAGGAUGGUCCAAGUGCUUGGGCCCUUGUACCUACAUAGGACACCCAGAAGAAGCUCCUGACUCCUGGCUCCACCCUGGCUGCUCAGCCAUUUGGGAGUAAACCAGCAGAUGCAAGACCUCUCUCUCUCUCUAACCAGGACUUUCAAAUAAAUAGAAUAAAUCUUUAAAAAUGUGGAAAGUACAGAAAAUUAUUAGAAGUAAACUGUUGUUAAUGUCA